GGAAUUGACAGGCAGAAACGAAGCGCAGCCCCGCCUCCAGCGCAGCCUCUCCUUAUUGGCUGUCGGGGUUGGGCGGAGCGUUGAGCCGCACUCCCAUUGGCUGUUUGGCGGCCGGGAGCGGGGGCUGCUCGGAGAGGCCUGGACCAGGCGGCGCUCGGGUCCGUGGUGCCGGCCGGGGUCGGGGUUUGUGUUUGAGGCCGGGUCUCCGCCACUGGGCCCGGGAAGAUGGUGCUGGGUGGUUGCCCGGUGAGUUACUUACUUCUUUGCGGCCAGGCGGCUUUGCUGCUGGGGAACCUACUUCUGCUGCAUUGUGUCUCUCGGAGCCACUCGCACAACACUACCGCCGAGCCCGAGCUCACAUCCGCUGGCGUCGCCCGCCCGGAGGGCUCCACCGGCCCUGCGAGCUGGGACUAUGGCGACCCCCACUCUCCAGUCAUCCUUUGCUCUUACCUACCUGAUGAGUUUAUUGAAUGUGAAGACCCAGUGGAUCAUGUUGGAAAUGCAACGGCAUCCCAGGAACUUGGUUAUGGUUGUCUCAAGUUUGGUGGGCAGGCCUACAGUGACGUGGAGCACACUUCCGUCCAGUGCCGGGCCCUGGACGGAAUCGAAUGUGCCAGUCCCAGGACCUUCCUACGAGAGAAUAAACCUUGUAUAAAGUAUACCGGACACUACUUCAUAACCACUUUACUCUACUCUUUCUUCCUGGGAUGUUUUGGAGUGGAUCGUUUCUGCCUGGGACACACGGGCACAGCAGUCGGGAAGCUCUUGACACUUGGAGGACUUGGGAUUUGGUGGUUUGUCGAUCUUAUUUUGCUCAUUACUGGAGGGCUGAUGCCAAGUGACGGCAGCAAUUGGUGCACUGUUUACUAAAAAGAGCUGCUCUUGUGGCCCAGAGAGGCAAGUCUCCUGAAUUCAUCUCUACAGGCUCAAAACUAUUCCUGGAUAUCAGACCUGACCAUUACUUUCCCUCUUUGGGGGGAGUGGGUUUGGUUAGGAAGGUUUCUUUGGACUGUGGAUUUUCAACCCAGACUUUACCUUGCAGACUAGAAAUGACAAACACAGUAUUGUGGGUAUCAAGUUUGUACCUUUCCUCGUGUACAAAAACUAUAAAGGAGAGUGAUUAACU